ACAUGUAUGGAAAAUUGUGAACAUUUAAGCAUUACUACUACCAUGUAUCUGUGUGCAUUGGAUUUUGUAGGAUAAGAAUUAACAUUUACCAGGUGCUGAGCAACUCCUAUUCGUAGACUCCAUCUGAUGGAAUAUUAUUUUGGAGGAAUAAAGUUUCUGAAAAUCGCUGAUUCUUACUUCUAUAAUUGAUAGAGCUGAAUAAAAACAAACACAGAGGGCUGUUUACAAGCUAUCCACAAUAAUAUAGAGAAUCUGGAGUUGAGACUAAGCAACAUUUCAUCUUUUUUUAUGCGGAACAGAAUCACUGCUUUCUGGAGUCGCACCAAUCAUAUUUUUGUUGAUGUGUGAGGGUUAGUCAGAAACCAGUGUGUAAAGUAAGCUGUUACCAUGGCAACCACAUCAUCAUCAUCAUCAUCAUGGAUGCUGAUUUUAGCAUGCCUUAUUGUUUUAUUGUGCAAAGAGUGUCAUUCAUUAACAGAAUACAACCUAUAUUUAGAAGCAGAAGACUUGAUAUACAACCCUGAAUUCAGAGAAAAUCAUGUACAUCGGAGUGUCAGGCAAGCAGUAGACAAUACUCCAGUUACAGAAAAUAUCACCAAAGUGGAUAAUCAUAAUUACUACCAGGUGACGUAUCACUCGGGUGUUAAUAAUGAGGGCAGUCGUUACUGGGUUGAUCUGACGCAGCUGAAAGCAAAGAAACAUCCAAACUUAUCGACCAACCCAAGAUUAGCAGCGAAACUGCCAUUAGAGUUUGAGUUUCCAUACUAUGGACACAACGUGACAGAGUUGUUCCUGACAACAGGGGGUUUUAUGUACUUGGGUUCGUAUGUUCAUCGAUACCUUGCAGCGACACAAUACAUAGCCCCUCUCAUGGCAAAUUUUGACCCUGCAUCCUCGGUUAACUGCUCUAUAAAGUACUUCUCAAAUGGUUCCAUGUUCAUUUCUGAAUGGACUAAUAUCCAGCUUGGAGACAACCCUCUAGCAGGUCUCUUUUCUUUCCAAAGUACACUAAGGGACAAUGGAGAAAUCACAUUUGCAUACAAGAAGAUUCCCAUCCCUAUUGCGAACAUCUCUGAUGAAGCUCACCCUAUGAAGACGGGUAUUGCAGAUGCCUUCUACAUUGAUCAGAAGCUUAGCCAGUGGAUCAAGAAGAGGACCAUUUAUGAAUACCAUAGAGUAGCUUUGGAUACAACGUACGUGAACAAUGCUACAGCUGUCACAAUUACUCCACUUCCGACAUGUAACCUACACAAGGAUUGUGAGUCUUGUGCCAACAGUAAGAUCUACUUCAACUGUUCCUGGUGCUCUACUGCUAAACGUUGUUCAGAUGAUGGUCUGGAUAGACAAAGGCAGUCAUGGAUUAGUGCACAGUGUGAUAAAGAUAUUAAUAUUGCUGAUGUUCCAUACAACUGCCCUCUACCUACGAUAAGACCGACAACCAGAGCCCCUCAGUCUACCAUGGGAAAACAUCCUUCCAUCUACACAGACUGCUCAGAAGGUAUCAGUUGCUUCAAUGGCGGGGCUUGUCGCUAUGGGGAAUGUAUUUGCCCUACACUCUACACAGGAAGGCGAUGUGAAAGAUAUGUACCAAGAGAUGGUAAGGGUAAUCAGAUGGGCAGAGAGGGUGAGUCUAAAGAUGAUACCACCUUAGCGCUGAGGAUCGGGACUAUCGUUGGGUCGGUCGUCAUUGGUGUUCUAGUUCUAAUCUUGGUUGGCUGGCUAGUUUAUGCAUACCGCAACCCCAACUCUAACUCAGGACUCUUCCUUAUUGAGAUCACCAAGUUUCGUUUGAGGAAGAAAGAAGAGAAUGGUGUAGGAUACCAUUACCAUAAACCAGAUGACAAUGACGAAGUUGAUAUCAUUAUAUGAACAACAUUUUGUAUUUUUACAGAGGUAUCUCUUUAAUGAAAAUAUGUCAUAGAAACUGAGAUGAUACGAUCAACAUACCUCAAAGAAUUGCUUGCCUUUCAGCCUGCACCCUUUGCAUGAAUGGGGAUAUUUUUGUACACUCUGGGUUUGCCAUCAGAUUUGUUAUAUGAUUUAUUAAUUAUAUGAAAUUGACUUGCUUACUGACAUGAUAUAUAUAUAUUUCAAAUCCAUGUUUUUUAAACAAGGUUAAUUUGACAACCUUAAAGCUUUCUUAGGGUCUAUCUGACAUAGCAAUAAGUAAUUUUUACAGAUUGAUUCCUAUCCAUAUUCAUCACACGUCUUAGUAGAAUACACCUGUAAGCACUUGGGGAAAAUCGUUUAUGUCAGUGAACUAGUCUAUUUUUAAUCAGUUGAUUAAUUCUAAUUUCUAUUAUAGAAAAGUGAAUUUUGCUAUGUAAUUUUAGUGACGUUGGCAUAAUAACAAAUUGAUACACCAAACCUCUAUAUAUAUGUGUACCAUAAACCUUGGAUAAGCAGAAAUGUAAGUUAGAGGUCUUAAAUCACAUUGUCAUUUUUUGUCCCAAAAUAAAUGAAUCUGUCUAAUGCUGCCCUUGUAUUCAUGAAUUAUAGUUACUCUUAUUCAUUGUUUAUAUUGAUAUUACAUCAAAGUGUGACUGAUGUGAUAUCCUUUUUGGUCGAUCUAGGGACCGUUGUGGAAAGAGUGCAACUCAAACACAAUUGGCUUUCAACCAGUCAGAAUAUUACAUUUUGAUAGAACUUUGGUUUAAUAAGUAACUGCAACAAUUUUUUUGAUGCGCUGCUAUUCUGAAAUGAUUCAUUUUCACCAUGUGACCAUAACACAAAGCUUUAAAAUGUUGGUAGAAAUCUUUUUUUUUUUUUUCAAUGAUUGAUUUAUCAAACACAGUGUACAAUCAAGCGUAUGAUCAAUCGCUAAGUUUUGUGUCACAGCCGUUGGUGUGCAUAGAUUUCUAAUCAGAUUAAUACCUUAACUUCUGUAUCAUCCUUUUAUCUUUGUCCUCGGUGUAUUGUUUUGGCAUUUCUUAACCCAUUUGUAACUGGAACCUUGUGUUCCCCCAUGUACAAAGCCUAUGUGAAUUUUACAAUUCAGUAGUCAACAUAAUCAUACAAUCCUUGUACAAUGCUUAUGAGAAUUUCAGACCUCGGUAGUCAAUGGGUUAACCAUUGCAUACUGGAAUCAUUUGGUCUCUGAACAAAUGUGAAUUUCAGAAUUGAGUGUCAACUGGUUGAUUGUCAAAGUAUUAAUUGAAUAAUUGAUAAUAGAUUCAAAUUAAAAUGAUAGGAACUAUUUUAUUAUUCUAUAAUUGGAGGCAUAGGAGGACUUUGAUAAAAGAACAUAUUCAAUAUGGAAGCUAUUUUGUAAGGUGAAAAAGUAAUUUUCAUGUUCAUGUUGAGCCAUGAAAAUGUGAAAAACAACAACCUUGUUUACUAUAGGGCAAUUCAAUUAAAUAAUCAUCCUUUUUAAUGUCUGGCUCCCGUUUUUCUCCAUUGUUACUUUGUCAUGAAUCAAGUCAUGAUAAUCUGAAUCUUACACCAAACACAAAGUGGGAAUGAAUACUUUGGAAGGUUCCAUCAAUAGGGGGGUAAGAAAGAUGUACAUAUACAUACUCUGGAAUCACCCUUUGUAGAUCAGGAAAAUGAGAUUAUCAUUUGGAUUGUUACCUUUUACAUCCUUGUUAUUGGUGUGUUUGUGGUUGAUUUGGUCAAAUUAAUUUAUCUCUUAAUUGGAGAAAAAUUGAAUCCUCAUGCAGGGUGUCUUUUUCUAUGACAUAUUUUUAAUGAGAUAUCAUGUAGAUUAGUGUGUGUGCUUUGGGUACCAGUGCUCGAAAAAAGAAAGAAAGAAACAACUCCCCUUAAAUUAGAACCAGCCCAAAGGGAGAGGGGGAAUAACAGUUUACAUGUUUGCAAUAAGUUUUCUAGAUAGUUGAUCUUCAGUUUAUUCCAACAGCUUUUAAUUGUCUUAGGUAUGUUUAACACUUAUAGUGUAUUCUUUUACUUUUGGUUGUUAGACUGCAUUUUAAAUUUAGUACCCUCUGAAGUUAUUUUCUUUUGAUAUCUGCUCAGAAUCUUCUGUUAUCUCUAUUUAUAUUGUGUUGAACAUUGUUGGUUUUUUUAAUGAAUACUCUCAACAAUUGACACUUUGUAAUAAAAUUGUGUCAACAUGGACCCACUUGGUAAUCCUUAGUGAAACUCGUUAAUUUGAUUGCAAUGAAAAUUAAAAAUCAUUCAUAUUUAUUUGUACAUAUUGGCAGGUUAUUAUUUUCAUGAAGUGAAUGAUUUAAAACCAAUUAUUGAUGGAUUAUUUCCAUAAAUAUUGAAUAUUGAUAUAAAUUGCCAUUUUAUAUUGACGCUCAAAUUCUCAAUUUCUUUGCCCUAUGUACUGUCAACAUUUCCUUUGUAAAUCAUUCUGCUUACCACAUCAAUUACUUCAUCAGCAGUUUCCUAUUCAUCAUAAAUGGUUAUGCGAAAUUGUAUGGAAUCUAUGUGCAUAGAUAAAAUAUCUCAUUUAGCUUAAAUUUAGCAGUAUAUAUGCAUUCUGGGAGAAAAUUUACCAAUCCUAAUAGUUUAAGUUGAAGAAGCAUUUUCAGGAUGCCAGACUAAAAAUAAGAAAUAAGUGCAUGUAUUUUGAUUCAUUGUAAUGUAAUGUGUUGCUUAUGCUUUGUGGCAUAGUUUGAUACAUAAUGUACCGCUCUCUACCCUUGUGUAAAAAGGUUCCUUAGUUUAAAGAUAAUCAAAAGAUGUGGUAAAGAUGGGGAAAAAUCAUUGUGAGCUGUCAAAUUCUAUUCAUGAUAUUGCUGUAGAAUAUCCUGAAAAAUAGUCCAGCUGAAACAGAAAAUAUGGUAGUCCCAUAAAUGCUUAUCUAUGAGCAGUGCAUGUGACUGUCUUAAGACUUGAUUCCUUAGCUUUUCGGCAAACACCUGUUCUUAGGUGCAUUCUAACCACCCUUUCUCAAUAAUUGAGAUGGUUUCCUGCACAAUGCUAAUUAGAGACCAAAAAUCAAUUUUAUCUUUAAGGUUGUUAUAAUUAAUUGAGGUAGUUUUGUUCUGUAUUGAGUAUUAUUAAGGUCUACUGGCUACACAGCUCUACAUAGAGUCAAGAGUAUAUCUUGAUUAGGCAGGCCAAGCAUGACUAUAUCUAGGGUAAUGAGUUGCUAAUAUGCUCAGAGAACAAAGAGUCACACGUACACGUUUACUAAUAAUUAAAUGUUUACCUUAUUUUUCAUAUAUUUGCUAAAAACAUACCCCAUAUCUACUCUCUCUUUCAUCCCAAUGUGUAUAUUUUGGAACUAAAUAUUACCAUCAUAAUGGUACAUUUGUGCAAUGUUGUAAAGUAUGGUUUUUCUGGUAUUUUCGCAACAUUACGGUUUACUGUGUGUGUUUUGAAUUGGAACCAAUCAGUUAUGAAUGGUUACCGUGAUAAACGUUGCAGGCUUCCUAGUAAUAAGUUUUAUAUUGGAAAACUAUUGUAUUCUGGAAUUCAGGGUUUUUAAAAAUUAUUUGUAAAUGAAGUCAUGUAUACAUGUAAUAUCAUGUAAUUGUUAGCAAGUAAAUGUUGAUAGGAAGUGAAAUUCCAUUACAAAAACAAAACAAACAAAAAACUGUUGGAAAUAUAUAAAUUAAGUUUAUUUUGUUAGUUUAUGGAUGUUUCAUAUCUUAGAUAUGGUUUGAUUUUAAGUUAAUUUUGAAUCUUAGCAUUUUAAUUGAUACCGCAAAUAUGGUCAACUAAAAUACGAUUCAUAUUCAUGGUCUGCUUGUUUUAUAAAGUGAAAUAAUUUUUAUUUUGUAAUUGUAUGCCUGUGUUAAAAUAGCCAGCUGAAUCUUUAUUUAUUUCAAAGAUUUCAAGACCAUAACAAAGUGUUUUAUUCAAUUCAUUGUGUUCCAUGUCUUAACUCUUUAAUUUCAGCAUACCAUUAAUGUAGACAAGGUCAAAAGGAUUUUUUUUGCGAGAAAAGUUCUUGAAAAAGGGAGGUAUGAUUGACUAUAAACUUUGAUACCUUGCAAAUUUGAUAUCUGCUGCUCUACCCAAUUACUUAUUUUUUUUUUUUUUAUGAAUUCAAGUAUUCUCACAUUGUAUGUGAUUGAUGGCAUAUUUCAGAGUGCAAAAGCAAGCAAUAUAACCAGUCACUUUAAGAAAAUUGUAUUCAUGAGGCUAAUUACAGGGAUGUGAGAGUUGAAGCUUUUUUUUGGAGGGGGGGGGGGAGGGAUUCUUCAGCUUAUUUUUGGCCUUCUUGUGAAUUUAAUCUUUACAGUAUCAGAGCUUUUCCGAUUUCAGCUUUUUGCUGCUCUUAUUUGUGGUCUCUCACAGCCCAUAAAUAAGUUUAUUAUUAUUAUUAUUGGGCUUGGGUUAUUCACAUUAGAUCAUAGAGAUUGAUUAAGACUUAUCAUUGCUCUUUGUGAACUUUUUGUGGUCAGUGUCAAGGUUUGUUUCUUAAAAUUACCUAAAUUUAGAGACCUUGAUUAAAUCAAAUUCUAAGCAGUGCUUGCCACUGUGAACCCCUAUGAUUUUUAAAUGUAGUGUUAAGCCAAGUCUUUCCAUAAUUUCUCUGUUUUUUACACCUUGUGUAUUUAAUUUAAAUGCAGAAUAUUACUAUUAUGUAAAGGGGCUGAUUAAGUUCGGCCUUGCAGUUGGGUAUUAAAAUAAUCAACUUAAGAAAUGAGGAAUUUAUGAAUGAAAAUCUGUAAUUGUAUGCUUCUAAAUAGUAUCCUUUAAUUUGAACAUAUGUAUAUAAAAUAAAUACAAAUGUUUUGUAUAUAUACAAAAAUGUAUUCCCAAAAUUCACAUGUAUUGUCAGGUAGGUCCAUCCGUCUUUUCAUGAAGUUAUGUUCAUUGUUUGCAUAAAAAGAUAAAUUUAAUUGGCAUUUCCUGAAAUUAUAACUGCAUUUAAUCUGCAAGUUUUAGCAAAGUAUUUUUGGGGUGAGGGGUGGAUGGCAUUGAUAAAUUUUAAUUAGGUUCCUUCAGAUUUAUGCUUUACCUACAACUAAAACGUAAUACUGGUGAUACAGGAAGAAGAUUAGAAAUGUGUUUCUUUUGAACUUUGUUAUGAAAUUGUCUGUUUUUGUUUUUAUAACAGAGAAUACUUUACCUGCAAGGAAUAUAUAAAUAUGUUUAUAUAUACAUAAAGUAUAUGCAGAUAUUAAUGCUUUGUGCACUUUGAUACAUUCUUCAUGUAUAUGCAAAGCACAGAUGGAAUAUUUUAAGUUUCUUUUUCAUUGAAAUACAAAUGUAAUUGUA